CAGAAUUGGAGCAGUGGAUCCUUCCCGACCUGCGUCGUUUGACGCUCUGAGCGUCUCCUAACUCAUUUUCUCUCUUUUGCUUACAGAAGAUGCUCUGCUGGAAGCCGCCAGGAUCAACAACGUUUCGGAAGUCAACAGGUUGCUGCAGGAAGGCACGGAUGUGAACGCGAGGCACCGGCUGGGCUGGACGGCUCUGAUGGUGGCAGCCAUCAGCAGGAAUUCCAGCGUGCUGAAGGUCCUGCUGGCGGCCAAUGCAGAUCCAAACCUUGGGGACGACUUCAGCAGCGUCUAUGAGACCGCCAAGGAGAAAGGCCUCCAUUCUUUGGAAGUCCUUGUGACCCGGGAGGACGAGUUCAACAACCGCCUGAACGUCCGCGCCAGCUUCCGUGGCUGCACAGCCCUGCACUACGCCGUGCUGGCCGACGACUACCUGAGCGUCAGGAUGCUGCUGGAGGCAGGUGGGUGGCACGGCUCGUGGCUCUGACCCACACAUCCGGGGGGCUCAGUGAGAGGCACGCCGUCCCAUCUGGAGGACGAGCUGCGAUUCGCUGCUUGCUCUCACCUCUCGGUCUCCGUUCCGUGCCGCCUCCGGCUGUUCUCACGGGUGGCGGCGUCAUCGCAGAACGCUUUGAGCUGGAAGUCUGAGCUCCUGCUUCUCCAACAUAAACAUUCCUUAAUUCGGUUUAUACGUAGCCCACUCCUUCAGCAGAGGGGAAGGAGAUGCUUAGCUAACAGAACGGAGAUGUGCUGCCAUGCCAACGGGUUCCGUAUUUACCCUCCCGCCACUCCUUUACCACCACGACGCCCUUCUCCAUCACAGCGCUGUGCACAAGCAGAGUUGGGCAGCGCUGCCCAACCCGGUGCCAUCACCACGGUAGAGAGGGCUGCUCUGGUUAUGCAGGGCUGCCUCGCCGCCCGGGCUGCGUGCUGGAGCUGCUGUCACCUCUCUGAAUGGCCACGUGCAGAGGGAGCCCCGUUUGUGGCACUGCCUGACCUCAGAGCUGCAGAAAAAGACGCCCGGCAAACUGCGUGCCAUGUAGGGCUGCGUUUGUGUGAGCGCCAAAGGGAUGGUGUGCAAAAACAGCUGUUCUUAGGGUGGCAGUUUUUGAUCCUCUGUCGCGAUGGGACGUGGGGAAAUGGUUUCAAACUAGAAGAGGAGAGAUUGGGAGUGGAGCUGGACCACGUGGCCUUCCGUGAUCCCUUCCAGCUCAAACCGUUCUGUGGUUCUGCGAUGGUUUUCUCGCUCGAUCCAACACGUGUCCCUCUUCCCUGGGGCCCCUCCAGCCCAACCCGCGAUUCCAUCCAGUGGAUCCUCCCAGCUGGCAGCGCUGCUCCAACCCUUUCCUCCCCUUUUGGGGCGUCCCACAGCUCCUCAAUGGGGUACCUCCCCCCCUCCUCCCGAGCGGGAC